AGAACGAAAAAUAAAAGAAAAGAAAUAUACAAAUACAUCAAUAUUUCAUAUUUGUUUUCUUCCCUAUUCUCAUUUCUCACAAACCCUAGGUCCUGAGUCCGAAUCCGAUCCUCGUUUUGUUCCUGAAUUAACAAAAUCAAGCUCGAUAUCUCUUCCAGAAUAAGAUUCAUAAAUUGAUUUUCAGAAGAGCUCCUGUGGAAUUACGUGAGUUUUAUCACGAAGGUAUCGAGAUAUUGUGUUCCCGAUAAGUGUAACACAGGAAUAAUGAGAUUCAAGAAGGGAAGUAAAGUGGAGGUACUAUGCAAAAAAGACAUGGCCUUAGGGGCGUGGCGUGGUGCAGAGAUCAUCUCUGGUAAUGGACACACCUACUGUGUUAGGUAUGCAGCGGUUCGAGGCAUGGAAGAUGGGAAAACUGUGGACAAAGUUCCAAGGACAUCCAUUAGGCCUUGCCCACCUCCUGUGGGCAGUGUGGUGAAUUGGGCUUCUGGUGAUAUUGUGGAGGUGCUUGAUGCUGGUUCCUGGAAAGCAGCGAUAGUUUUGAAAGUCUUGGAUGGGGGUUCUUGCUUGGUCAGGCUUCUUGGCUCAUUCAUGGAGUUUAAGAUUCACAAAUCCAAGACUAGGCCGCGUAGGACUUGGCAAGAUGAUAAAUGGGUUGUAUUUGGAAAGGGUUGUGGGAGUCGUGAAGCUGCAAAAUCCAACAACUUGCCAAACUUGAAUUGUUGUGAUGUUCCACAAGUUAAUGCAAGAAUAAGGCUCCCUGCUGGAAAUGAUGGUUUAGCUCUUCAGGACAACAAUUAUGGCCAGGAUUCUUAUAUUGUUUCAGCUAAGUCAUUGAAGAGAGCUUCUCCAUUUUGUUCUUCUCAAGUUGAAGCACAUCCUAGUAAAGUGAGAGCAAUUCAGAAAUGGACUGAUCAUCAGCAAGUAAUUUCAAGGUCCCCAUCUCCCCUGCUGAAAAAGGUAGAUGCUGUUGCUUCCCCACGAGAUAAUCUGGGUGAAAAUGGCAUGCAUGCUUCCUUUAGUAAACAAACAAAUGGCCAUUUUGAAAUAGAGAGGGAGAAUUUAAUUGGUGCUAGUUCAUGUUUUUUUGAAAGGAGCACAGAAUUUAGUGAUUCUGAUAGUGGUGCAUGCUCUGUUGGUAGUUGUAGUGUCAGUAGUAGUGGUAUGAAUAAGUUUCCUAGUAUUGUUUUAGCAGGUCCUAGUCAAGAUGCAGAUGCUCAUUCUAGCGAUGCGGAAUCUUUUUGUGGCCGUGAAGAUGAAGAAGAAAAUUGUUCUCUUCCUCUAAAAGAGGAAGGGGCAUCAAGAAUUCAUAGGUUAGAGUUGCAUGCUUAUCGAAGUACCAUGGUGGCAAUGCAUGCUUCUGGGCCCUUAAGUUGGGAACAAGAAGCAUUAUUAACAAAUCUCCGUAUUACACUUCAUAUUUCAAAUGAUGAACAUUUGAUAGAAUUAAGGAACCUAAUUUCUUCUAGAAAACCUAAAUGUUUGUUAGCUUAUGAUCAAUGAGACAUGCAAUACUUGGCCUCAAUGCCCUUGAUAUGUAAGAAACAGUAAAUGAUACAUUUAGUUAUGUCUAUUUUGACUAAUUGCAUUGGCUUAUAUUAGAUAUGUAAUUUACGAGUGUUGUAUCAAACAUCUUCCAAAGAAAUGAAUA